AACGAGCGUUUGAAAGUUCAGUCGCUCGAGUGGUCGCGCCGCGGCUGGUCGCUUCUUUCUUUCCCAGCCGCACAACGAUCUCAUCGUACUGCACAUAACAUUACUCCAGUCACUUUCAAACGCGCGUGAAUCUCUUCCUUUAAGUCACACCAUAAAAUCUGUUAGCGUCGACCGAAACUAACAAUAAUUUCGCAAUGGAAUCAUUGACGAACGGAUGCGAUCGAUACGCGACAGAGAAAACGGAAAUCGUGAAAAACAAAUACAUCCGGUGGUGAGAGUGUAAUUUGAUAGUGUGACACAUAAUCGUGAAACAAUUUGCCGACGUUUCCUCGACUCCUGGAUAGACGCCUGGGGGGUCGAUCGAUCGAGUUAGAUAUCUGUCGCGAAUGCCCGCAGGUGCAUCGCGCCUUAAGCAGAAAUCGCGGAUUCGAAGUGAAAGGAACGCCGAGCUCGAUUUUGUUCAAAAUACCGGGACGGGAAAAGUGUCACCCUUGUUUCAGUGUACACAGUGAAUGGUACGCAUUCUAUCGGUCUAGUACUCUUUACGACAAAUUAUUAAUCAAAAGUUUCAAAAUUCAACAAUUGAAAAAGAAAGGUAGUGUACGUCGAGAACACCGAGAUCAGAGAUAUAUACGUUUACACGUGCUUCACGUUAGUUGGAGGAUCGAGUUACGCGAUACCACUUGCGCGUUUCCUGUACCCGCACACGUUACAUUAAACAGAGAUUUUCGUGUCAUAUCAUUGAGGAGAAAUCUAGGUAAUUGCGGCUUGUGACAAUCCGCUGCUGACUCACAAAGAAUAUCGAGGAUGGAGAACUGUGAUUUGAUUGAAUUUACCUAAACCUUACAUGCAUCUGCGUGUUAAACAUCCUGGAAUUGCUUCGUCGAUUAAAACGAACUUAGAAAUGGAGAACACGGAGGAGCAGCAGCCUCCCUUGUUCGAAAGGAGAGUGAGCACCUUGACAAAAAUCGCCUACGCUUUGGGACACAUUUUCAACGAUCUCACUGCCGCUAUGUGGUUCUCCUACACUCUGAUCUACUUCCAACGAGUAGCCCUACUGGAACCGAUCACUGCCGGCUCGCUCUUGCUCCUAGGCCAAAUCGUGGACGCUUUAAUGACACCCGUGUUCGGAGUACUGGUGGAUCGAUAUUUAAGAAAAAAAAUAUGGCACAUAAUCGGAUCUGUAAUGGUCACUUUAUCGUUCCCGAUAAUCUUCGGUGGUUUCGCGCAACCAUCGUCUACCGCAGUGAUGCUGCUUUACAUAUCCAGCAUUACCGUGUUUCAAAUCGGUUGGGCAGCGGUACAAAUAUCUCACUUGUCCAUGAUACCAGCUCUGACGAAUUCCUUACUGGCGCGAGCAGAUUUAACCGCGAUAAGGUAUUCGGCGCAAGUAGGAGCAGCUAUCGCGGUGUUCGUAGUCGCAUGGAUAGUCUUACCCACCAACGAGGAGGCUGUCGUGCGAUUAGAUCGACAGGACAGUUAUAAAUUCAGAAACAUCGUGUUGACCUUAACAGCUAUCGGUCUGGCAACUACUGUGCUGUUUCACGUAUUUCUAAAAGCUGAUCUACUGGAGAAUUUCGAUUUGAACAAAGGCAAUGUCGAAGAAGCUAGAAGAUUGAUCAAUAAUUCUCAAAAUGACCGAAGCUCUUGGCUCGGCACAACGAUUUUAUUGAGAGUGGCUAUGCUUUACGUAGCCAGCAGAUUGUUUAUUACAUUGGCGACGGUGUACUUACCUUUGUACAUAGAAGAGACGGACGUCGACGGGAAGGAAGCACUGGCUACCGUCCCUCUGGUCUCGUACACUUCCUCCUUCGUCGCAGCUCUGCUGUUGAAAUAUAUAAACAAGUCUUGCGGCACGAAGAUAUGUUAUCUUUUGGGAACACUGAUUGGCAUACUUUCGGGGGUUGUCACGGAGUACGGAGGGAAUUCCGCGAUAAUCAUAUAUGUCGUAGCUAUCCUAAUAGGAAGCGGAAGUUCGAUCACGAUGAUCACGGCUCUGAGCGUAACCGCGGAAAUAAUAGGGCCGCGUACCGAACGAAGCGCAAUCGUUUAUUCGAUCGUAACAUUUCUCGACAAAGUCGUUACGGGACUGGUCGUCAUUUUCAUAGAAAAAUGGAGAUGCAUGGAGCCCGAACUUUGUCCAAGUUACAACCGGGAUACUCUGGCCUUGGUCUGCGUUCUCUCAAUGUCUAUAGGACUCGUCACGCUGCUUUCGAUUUCGCGAUGCUUAGGUUAACAGGAUCACACGAUUCAACGAUACUUUUAUACUAAACUUGUACAAACACUUUUUGAGAAAUAAACGAACUUUGAAUGUAA